AUGCCAGCUGGCAAGACUGUCUCAAUUGCUACUCCGGCCUCCUACUGGUAUCUCAAGGCUUUUCCGAUUGACAAAAUCGCUGAAGUCAUUGACUAUAUUGUAUACAUGUCUUAUGAUCUGCAUGGGCAGUGGGACUACGGCAAUCCCAAUGCUUAUGACAUGUGUGAAUCUGGGAGAUGUAUUCGAAGCCACGUCAAUAUGACCGAAACCAAGAAUGCACUAUCCAUGAUCACCAAGGCUGGUGUGCCCAACAGGAAUAUUUUUGUUGGUGAGUCUAGCUAUGGAAUAUCAUUUCACAUGGCCAAGGACGGGUGCUGGGAACCUAUGUGCGAAUUCACCGGCACCAGGAUUGAGUCGGACGCUAUGCCAGGCAGGUGCACGAAGACUGGAGGUUACCUGGCAUAUGCUGAGAUAAUGGAGAUCGUGAACGAGAAAUCUGGUGCCAAGUUAUUCUAUGACAAGAGCUCUCAGUCAGACGUUAUGCUCUACAAAGGUACGCGCCUCUUACACUUCGUUGUGAAGCGACCACUAACACGGCUAGGUGAUUAUGUCAGUUACAUGACGCCGAAGACGAAGAUUUCUCGCCGAGAUGUAUGGAAGAACCUGAACUUUGCUGGCAGUAUUGAUUGGGCAGUCGACCUCCAAGAAUUCACCGCGGAUGACUUCAACGCUCCUCCUGACCGACCCGAAUCCGGUACAGGUUGUAUUGCUGGUAACGACAACACGAUCGACUCGGCUGACCUAUGCUUCUUCUCUUGUAACUACGGCUUCUGUCCCUCGUCUUUGUGUACUUGUUACGAGAAGGGCCCAGUUAAGAAGUUGCCAGGCAAGACAAUGCAAGGAGAAUUUAUAUCCCAUGACUUGAUCAGCGUGGAUAUGAAUCGCCUUUGCAAGUUUGCUUGCAAGUAUGAGUACUGCCCCGAGGAUGUUUGCACAAGAGCAGUAGUCGGAUAUAACGACGACGAUGAGGAGGAGGAUGACAACAAUGACGCCGAGUACACCGGUCCUAUGGUUGGCGACCCCAAGUAUAUCGAUACCGGAGAAAUCAGGGAGGGUCACAAGUCCACCUGCUUCAAUUACAAAGGUUUGAACGGACCUCCGGGUAACAUGGAUACUUGCAAGGCUUAUUGCAAGCCUGUCAUGGAUGCAGCUGAAGAGGAGGGCAGGCUUACAAACUAUGGUUGUGUUGUGUGGUCUCCCAUUGAUAAGCCCAUCGAAUGGAAGAAGGUUCCUGGAAGUGAUCUGGAGAUUGCCGCAGGCGAGUGCAGUUGUGACAAUUGGCUGAUUAAUGAACUCGCCGAGUUUGUCAUUGAUGCGCUGCCCAUCAUUGGUCAGAUCGGAUGCUUCCUACUCAUGUCAUCUUUGAAGUUGAUAUUGGAUAUCGGACUUUCACUUUUCGCUCCAGGUAGAGCUCUGAGCGCUGGUGUCGAAAUGGUCAACUAUAUUUACCCUGAUGGUGAGAACCCGCAAGGUGCAUGGGAGUGGUGGCUGAGCCCUUGUGGUGGAAGCGACCUCGUGCCAGACGAGUUCAAGCAGAUCUUCGACAUCCUUGGUGAAGUCCCUGCCGGUCGGUCCAAGUUCAAGGAGCCCAAGAAGAUCAAGAAGAGCAGUGGUAAGAAGGGUGAUGACGGCAAUUCUACUGACCGUUCCGCUCCUCGACCGAACAACGGAGGAUCCAAAGGUCAGGGUGCUGGUAAGGGCGGCGGAAAAGCACCAGCGAAACCUCCUCCCGCCAACAGCAACAAUAAGAAGAAGCGCAGAGUUCCAGCCAAACAGUCAACCCGCCAUCUGGGUCGGCUCAAGAACACUCUUCGACUCAAGAGUUGCGAUACGAAUGACGAGACUCAGGUCACCGAUAUGGUUGUCACAACUAUGACCUACGAGGCAAACGCUAAGCCGACAGUGUGGACAACAGCCUGCGAUCCGGCGAACGCUCAAGAGUGCUAUCAUUACAGCUCGGCGAACUCUGUCAACCCCAAGUGGGCAACGAUCGAGUGUCCCCAGGAGGCCGCCACCACAGCUCACCGGUUUGAAGGCAAAGCCGUUGGAGCUUGGACUAACGAGCACAAAGGCGAAGGCUGGAAGGACGCCUCACAUCGUACCUACAAGAAACAGUGCGAGAGAGACGAGUGGCCUCCAGCCUACCUUUUGGCCAAGAAUGCACCAGAAUUCACACUCGGCGGGACGAAAGGCGGUCAACGAAUUCGGUGGAUUCCGUCGAGUGACAACCAGGGAGCUGCUAAACACUGGAAAGGAGUUUGCAUGAAGCAUGCCGUCAAUCACCUAUCUCUCAACGAUUGGUCGGACAAGGUAAACAAUGGUACGAAGGGACCAACGGUCAAUCAAAAGAACAAUUACGAGGUAACCGAGCUGUCCAUAGACGUGGACGUGAGACCUGAGUUCAGUCUCCGGUUCCGGCACAAGGCUCCCAAGGACGAUGGACUUUGGGAUAAUGGAUGCUGA